AAUAGCUUGAAAAACCCAAUGGGAGAAACAGAAAAUGAACAAGAGGAAGCGGGAAGAAGAGGCGGGCAAUAACAAUAGCAUGGAGAUCGUUUGGCAAACUCCAGCCAAUCCACCAGAGCCACAAGAUUACAUCUUACGCAACGGGAGGCGCCACGUCAGACCGUACUACUUCGAGUUCAUCUCUCACGUUAAGAAUCGUUGGGCAGGCAAAACCAUUGUCGAUUUGUUCGCCGAGGAAUUCAAAGGCCGACCAUAUGAUUACUAUGUUAGUGCUGUUAAAUGUGGAAGGAUACAAGUUGAUGGAGAGAUAGUGCCCGUUUCGUAUAUAGUUAAGCAGUCGCAAAAGAUUAGCCAUUUUUUACACAGGCAUGAACCGCCGGUGAUGGCUUAUGAUGUUUCUGUUCUUCAGAACGAACUGGAUGUGCUGACGGUUUGCAAGCCAGCGUCUGUUCCGGUGCACCCCUGUGGUCAAUAUCGUAAAAACACCAUUGUUGGCAUCCUUCAAGCAGAGUAUGGAUUGGCACCUCUAUUUCCAAUUCAUCGGCUAGAUCGUCUUGUCUCAGGACUCCUUAUUUUGGCCAGAAAUGCUUCAAAGGCUGACUUCUUUAGGCAACAGAUUGAAGCUGGGUUGGUGCAGAAACAAUAUAUUGCAAAGGUCAUCGGGGUAUUUCCAGAGGAUGAGAUAAUGGUUGAUGCUAACAUAGAUUAUAAUGCUCGAGAAGGAAGGAGCACGGCAGAGGUAGAAAAUGCUAAUGGUGCUGUGAAGGGGAAGGCUGCUUCUACUAAAUUUACCCGGAUUAGUACAGAUGGCACUCAUAGCAUUGUUUUGUGUGAACCAAUCACGGGCCGAACUCAUCAAAUCCGUGUUCAUUUGCAGUAUACAGGUCAUCCAAUUGCCAAUGACAUGCUUUACCUCUCAGAACAUGUAAUUGGUCGGUCUGCUGGAGGAAUGAGUGCUGAUAGAGCUGCUGCUAAUUCAGGCCAUUCACCAGAGUUCAUUUUUCAUGAUAAUUGUCCUGGUGAAGAGAACUCUGGAGAUGAUUUUAGCAUUGAUCCUAUGUGUACAAAUUGCCCAAAUCUGGCCCCAAAAGGAUAUGAUGGGCUUGAAGAGGGUUUGUGGCUACAUUGUUUUAGGUACUCUGGAGCUGGAUGGACCUAUGAAUGUCCAUAUCCAGAUUGGGCACCACUUCCUGAAUAACUAAUCAUUCUAUUUUUCUUUUUUAGUUUUAAUUAUUUUCCUGUUCCUAAAAUAUUGUGAAAAUUGUAAAAAUGAUUAAUUAUUUUCUUUGUACGAAAAAUACUUGACCACUUGGACCAGUCAGUUGAUAGGCUAUAGGUGCGUCCUGCUAUUCCUAAAAUAUUGUGAAAAUUGUAAAAAUGAUUAAUUAUUUUCUUUGUACGAAAAGUACUUGACCACUUGGACCAGUCAGUUGAUAGGCACCUAAGUUGUAGAUUUGCAGGUUCAAAACGUGAAGACCAUACAUAUGUGCUUUUGUGA